AUGGUGUGGGACGCUUAUUGCCUCUUAUGCUCAAAAAAUGGAGCAGUUGAGCCAGAUGGUACAGACAAAGGUGGGCAAGCUGUUCUGGCUGAAAACAAUCAGCUUAUCUUACACCAUGAACAAGGAGGGGAAGGUGAACAAUUUCUUGUUCAGAGCUUCAGUUCAUUGUGGUCCACCAAAUCGACAAGUAAUGAGAAAGACACUAUUAAAAUUGAAUAUGGAUGUGGCAAAAUUGAGGAUGGAAAAUUUGAAGAUAUAUUAAUAUCAGGGUUUGGCUCUUGUCCAAAUGCUGGAAGAAUAUUGCAAAUGUUCCCAUCCCUGGGGCAACUGUUCCGAAUUGAUACCAUGGGAGAUACUGUUGAGUCUAGGCAGGAAUGUCGACAUAAAGUAGUAGUAGCAGACCAGUUGAAUGUACCAAUGGUAGUUCACUUGAUUGCAAAUGAGUUUGAUCAUCAGCAGAUUUCAAACCUUAUUGGUAUCGAAAUAAAAGAUUCUACCAAUU